CUUUUCAUCUCUCCAAAAGUCAAAGCUUGUCUUUUUCUCUAACUGUCCUCUCUCAAACAAAGUCAAAGGCAAAAAAAGGGCAAAGUAUAGAGAGAAUAUGGAAGCAGAUUGGGACCUACACGCGGUGGUCAGAGGCUGCGCCACCGCCGCUGCAACCAACACCACCACCUCCUCCUCCUCAAGCAGCAGUAGCACAAUUACUACUAUUUCUAACUCUACAAAUGUUCAUCAAGUUGACAACUUUAUCUGUUUUCAAGAUUCAUUUGAGCCAAAAUUUGAUACCACAAAUGUUGUUCAAGAAUUGCAUAAUCUUUACGAGCCUUUUGUUAUUGGAGAAUUGCAAGAUCUAUCAAUCCAUCAAACACUAAAACAGCAGCAAAAACUACACAAUCAUCAGCUUAUUACAGGACUAAUUCAGCCUAAGCAUUUCACAAGUAGUAAAUCUAGUGCCUCUCGUCGUAUUUCACAUGCUCAGAUGAGUCCAAGAAUCCAAAAAAGGAAGAACAAGCUGAAGAAGGUAUGCCAAGUACCUGCUGAGGCUAUGUCGUCAGACAAAUGGGCUUGGAGAAAAUAUGGGCAAAAACCCAUCAAAGGUUCCCCAUACCCUAGGGGAUAUUACAAAUGUAGCAGCUCAAAGGGUUGUUUGGCCCGAAAACAAGUGGAUCGAAAUAGAUCCGACCCUAACAUGUUCAAUAUCACCUACACUUCAGAACACAACCACCCUAUGCCUACUCACCGGAGUUCCCUCGCCGGAAUCGCCCGUCAGAAACCGGUGAACUCAAAAGCCAGCUCUGCAGGUGACACUAACAAACCCACCACCUCAUCACCGGCGUGCCUCUCUCCGGUACCGGAAAAUCAAGAAUGCAGUAAAGAAGACAAAGAAGAUAGUUUUAAUUAGGACGACGAUGAAUUUGGCGUUUUCCAGUAUAGCAUUGGAUGAUUUUCCGAGGACUAUGCAGUUUCAGAUGGUGGCAAAUAACUCUGCAACCACCGUAGACGGCAGUGGUUGACUCAGCUGAAAAAGUCAAUGUUGUAUCAUGCUCUUUUUCAGCAAAUUACUGAGUACAUAAGAUAUUUCACCACCACCUCAGUGAAGCAAAGGUUGCAGAGAGCAGCCCAAACUAAAUACUUAAGGUGCAUUGGAUUUAGUAAACAACUUUUUUUACAGACGCAAUACGAUCUUUUCUCUACUGUAGUUCUUUCAAACAAGAAAGCUUCAUAUCUGGGCAUUAUAUAGAUAAUAGAAGUUCAUGUCAACUGAAUACACGUAUCUGGGAAUCAAGCACCAGUGGUCUAGUGGUAGAAUAGUACCUUGCCACGGUACAGACCCGGGUUCGAUUCCCGGCUGGUGCAUACUUAUUUCUUGUUAAAAAAUACUCCCCCCGUUUCAAUUUAUGUGAACUCAUUUGACUGGGCACAGAGUAUCUUGUGGUGUAAAAUGAGGCACAUAUAU